AUGCUGAUGUUCAAGGUUUUAAAAGAAUCAGUCGAAGUCAUGAAUCAAUCCGUCAAUGCCAAACUUGCGGCUAUGAAUGACAGAAUUACAAUUCUUGACAAUAAUCAAAAAGCUUUCAUGCCAAAACAAGAAAAAGAUAUCGGAAACAUUCUUCAUAAACAAAAGAAAGAAGAAACUGAUGUCAAGGAUAUUAAAACGGUGGUUGGUGAAGAAAAAGAAGAGAUCCAUCAGGUUGAAGACUUUGUGUUGAAAGAACAACAAGAGUUACGUAAUGUCGAGAAAACUGUCUUAAAAGAAGAGGAAGACUUACAAAAGAUUCAAGAAUCCAUUACCAAAGAAGCAGAGGAGGUACAAAAAGUUGAAGAAUCAACCACGAAACAAAAAGAAGAGUUACAUCAAGUGGAGAAUUUUAUUUUAGAAAGGGAUCAAAAGGUAACUAAACUUGAAGAGCAAAUUAAUCGCAUAAGCGAUAGAUUAAAUGCCCAGAGAGCGAGCACUCAAUAUCCCCAAACAGAAGCAAUGGGAACCGCAGAUCUGAGAUCCAGAUCGCAACAACCAAAUAUUGGAAAUACCCUAGCACAGGAUCUUGCAUUGAUCCCCAAUUUAGAUCCAGAAAUGGCAAGAUUAAUCAAAGGUUACUUACCAUUUGUCAUAUUGCAUGAAAUAAAUGCAACAGGUGGCCCAGUCGGCAAACCACCUAACUUUAGACCGGACCUUGUCAUCCAAAAUCCAAAUGAUCCAGACAAAAUUCAAAAACUCAUGCGUCUCCAGUCUUACAUGCAACUUUCAUUAGCUCCUUAUCAUCUUUAUCCGAUGAUCUUAGAACCUUAUCUUCAAGGAAGAUACAUUGGAUACAUUGAGAGCGCAAAGAUGAAUCCAGCAAAUGGAAGGGAAUACAGUUACUUGGAUAUUUUAAUAGCAUUCGUCAAGGCUUCACAAUUAGAAGUCGGAAAUGCUAACACCCAAGUUGAAUUAUUCAAAAUAAUUCCAAUAGCAGGACAGACUGUUGGAGAUUUUAUCGACCAAAUCCAAAAGAAAUACAGACAGUUAAAACAAUACAGUAAUGUAUUUGUUGCUGUAAGAGCCCAUGUAUUCUCCCAUUGUCAUAAAUACUUUCCGGAUAAAAUCUAUGAACCAGAAUGGUUAACAAAAACAGAAGCAAAAUUUUGGAAUGAUUUAGAUCUUAUGUUAGGUCUGGCAGUAUUUCAGCUGUUAGAUUCCUCACUGAAUAGUAAUGUUAAUGCUAUAAAUUUCAAUCCAACUCCAUAUAACAUCAAUCAACAAUCAACAUAUGAUGGGAACCUGAAAUCAUUAUAUGAUAGAAAUCUGAGAACAUCAUAUGAACGGAAUACUAACUCAUUAUAUGACAAAAAUAUCAAUUCAUAUUCAAGACCAAAUUAUCCUAAAACUUUUGAUAAAUCAAGAUUCAACAACACUCCAUAUGGAAAUAGUCAGAUUUAUUAUCAAAAUACUUCAAAUUCUUCCAUUAAAUACAACCCUCGUGGAUACAACCCUUUCAACAAUAACCAACAAAAAGGCAAACCACCAUAUCGGACUUAUAGACGAAGAGGAUAUAUUUGGAAUAAGGGUAGAAGAUCACCAAAGAUUUAUGAAUUAUCAAUCGAUCCUCAAUCCCAAUUAGGACAAAUUGUUAAUGAUGAUGAUACUCUCGAUCCAAAUUUGUAUCAGGUUGAUUUAAUCGACAAUGAUGAAGAAGAUUAUCAACACUUUGAAGAGAUUACAACGGAAGAACCUUUCGAAGAACAACAAGAUCAGGAAUUCGACUUCCAAAUCAAUGAUCUUCAAUUAUAUGAAGUAAACAUUACUCACUUUGCAACCCCUGAUAAAACCCACAACCCUCGGAUUUUAUUAGACAGUGGAGCUGAAGCAAAUUUUAUUGGUAAACAAAUCCUUCCUUGGUUGGAAGAUAAUGGUCUCCUUUUCAGUGUCACUAAGUUACGAAGAAUAGCCACAGCUAGAACCGCAUCAAAUUUGUCUCACACAAUUGAAUCAGUAGCAAUAGUUAAAAUUUUUGAUGUAUUUUUAGAAUUCUAUAUCUUGGAUCACUUGAACAAAGUUAUUAUCGGUCGUCCUACUUUACAAAAAUGGAACUAUCACCUCACAAAGGAGGGUGAAUUCAUUCUGAUUAACAAUCAACGGUUUCAUAUUCACUCCCUUCAACUCAAAAGUGAAGAGUCGUUGGAACAAAUUAGGGAACGAUUAAAAAGGGAAUUUGCUAUUAAAUACCCUCAAUUAUUCCACACAAAAUUGAGACCCCCACCCCCUAGAGAGUUCCAAUACCGUAUUCAAUUAACUGACCACACACAAAUAUAUUGCAAACCAUAUAAAUGUAAUCAAGAGGAACAAGCUCUCAUAAAAGAAUUCAUUGAUGAAAAAUUGGAGGCAGGUGUCUUAGUCCCAGCUCCGAUAGAUGCCUGGUUACACCCCAUAUUCCCAAUUAGGAAAACCAAUGCUAACCAAUCCUCAACCAAGAUAGCUGUUGAUCUAAGACGUCUCAAUAAGGUCACCGUAAGAAUGUACACUUACCCAACUGACACAAAAGAUUUAUUAUCAUCACUAGCAAACUCCAAUUAUUUCUCAGCUUUAGACUUGAAAAACGCAUUUUACCAGAUCGCCAUUCAUAAGGAUAGUAUCAAGUAUUUUGGCAUCUCCACUGCCGAAGGAAAUUUCUGUUUUACCACACUUCCUUUUGGAGCCAUUAACCUGCCGGCAAUCUUUACUAAUUUCGUAAGGAAAGUUUUGACAGGCAUCACUAAUACAUUCAUAUAUAUGGAUGAUAUAUUGAUACAUACAACCACAUUACACCACCAUAUCACUAUCCUCAAAACCAUAAUGUGGAGGUUACAUCAAAACAACCUUCAAUUAAAUUAUAAUAAAUUAAAACUUAUUCAUACGAAAAUUGAUUUUCUUGGAUACUCAAUUCAACCUGGCAAAAUCUCACCACAACCAGCAAAGAUCCAGGCAAUUCAAAAUUGGCAGAUCCCCACUACCACAACACAAAUCCGUGCAUUUGUCAACUUUACAAACCACUUCAGGAAUUUUAUUCCAAAUAUAGCCAUUUAUACAAAUCCGUUAAAUGAGUUAUUGAAACACAACAAUGGCAAGAACAUAAAAAUUCAACACACUCCAGCAUCAAUCAAAGGUUUCAACGAGUUAAAAAAUGCAAUCAUUGGUCUCCCCACCUUACACCUCUAUGAUCCCACGUUACCGACUAUAAUCUUCACAGAUGCCAGCAACAUGGUAGUCGGAGGUUAUUUGUGUCAACCAACAUUCCAAAAUGACAAACAAGUACUUGUCCCAAUUGCCUUUUCAUCCCAUAAAUUAAAUGAAACACAAGGUCGCUACUCGGUUAUGGAGAAGGAGCUCUUAGCCAUUAUCGUCAUAUUGGAAAAAUUUAGAUAUCACUGCAACAACACAGUCGAGAUCUACACAGAUCACCAGAGCUUAGCAUCACUUUUGGACAAGAAAACCACUCCACCACCAAGAAUAGCUCGUUUUCUCGAUCUCAUAGGUUCCUUUUCUCCUCACGUAUAUUAUUUGAGAGGUAAACAAAACUUUGUUGCUGAUAUCAUCACAAGGUAUCAAACACAAAAUAUUACAGAAAUGGUAGAUGAAGACAAAAUAUUACAAAACACCUUUACAAUGGAUAAACCAAUACAACAACCACCCCAAACACAAUUAGAUGCCAUUGAAUUAGACAACCUUAAUGAAUCACACAUCCACACUAUUCAAAACUUAUUGGAACAACAACAACAUCAUGCACCUGACUACAACAAUGAAGAAUUGCCACUCCAACUGUUUAAAUUAAUUAACGAUGACCUAUACGUAAUCAUUAACAACCAACUUUUACAAUAUCUUCCACGACAUGAGUACACUAAAGCUUGUCAAACAAUUCAUGACAAACACCACCCAUCAACCAGAGUAACAGAUUAUUUAUGUACGCUUGCAUAUUGGCAUCCUGAUCAUCUAUUAAUUGCUACAACAAUUAUAAGCAAGUGUCGCUAUUGUCAGAUGAACACUUCAAUUCGUGAAGCCAUCCGGCCAUACAGACCACUCGAACCAAUUAAACCGUUUAGCAGAUGGGGAAUGGACUAUACGGGUCCCUAUUUCAAUACAGAACAAAACAGAUACAUAUUAGUAGCCGUGGAAUACGUCACCGGUUUAACGAUUGCUGUACCAACAAUGCACAAAGACACCAACCAAGCCAUGAAUCUUGUGCAAACGAUUAUCCUGAUUAUGUCAGCACCUACUGAGAUUGUCACUGACCAGGGUGCCGAAUUUUCUUCCGAUGCAUUUAAAGCUUUAUGUGAACACAAUCACAUCAAACAUCAUAUUACUUCAGCACACCAUCCCCAAGGAAAUGGAAGAGUAGAAAAAGUAAAUCACUUAUUGAAAAAGAUUUUGAAGGCAUUAACAAAUGAUACCAUGCAUGAAUGGGAUUUGAAAUUAUAUAACGCUUUAAGAAUUUAUAAUGCUACUCCUACAAUAUUCAACUACACUCCACUUUAUCUAGCACUUGGAAUUGAACCACACCAUAACUUAAAUCAAUUACAAAAAGAUUUAAUUGAAAAUUUGCAAAGAGAUUUACCCCCAGAGGUCCAAUCUACAGAAGAACAUGAAGACAACCCAAAUAAUGAACAGCAAGAAGAGGGCAGAGAACAACAACUUUCAAGGGAAGAACAGGAAGAUGGCAGAGAUCUUGUACAUUUAAGAAUUUACGAAUUGGAAGCAAUAAAGAGAGCUCGCAAGGUACACACAAAUUUGAAAACACGAAGAAAUGCAGUUCAAAAUAUGUUAAAGGAACCAUAUGGAAUUCCAGCACCUUUUACAAAAGGACAAUGGGUAUACAGAAUUAGAACUAAAGCACGUAAAUAUGAAUCAAAUUUUGAUGGCCCAUACCAAGUUCAAGAAGUAUUAGGUAAAGGUGCAUAUAAAUUGAGAGACAUCACUGGAAGAGAAAAAGGAAUCUAUAAUCAAGACCAGUUGAAGUUAGCAUAUUCAGCAGACAACGAUCCAAUACAAGUUUUCAGUUCGUUUAAUAAAGAAUAUGAUAGAGUCCAACAAAAAUUGUUAGAUAAAAUGCAAGCGGAAAGAGACUAUGAAUUAAGCUGCUUGUCAUUGCAACAAUUGUUAGAUGAAAUGCCAGCGGAAAAGGAUUAUGAAUUAAAUUGUUUAACAUUACAACAAUUACACAGGCAAAGAAGAUUACUUGAUAUAUCCAGCUGUCUCGACUCCAAAUCUGAAAACAAUUCGCUAAUCAUUGGAGGAAAGGGUAGAUGA